CAGAUUUUAUUUUAAAAUUAUUUCUUGACUAUUUUUUAUUUGUAUUACAUUUUUCGUUGUAUUAAAUCCACCCCACCCUUUUUGACCAUAAUUCAUGUGGCUUAAAGUUACAAUUUCCGUGCGGAUUUUUCAGUGAAUGUUUUUAUUUUAUUAUUGCACGACCUUGCGUGCCCUUGAUUAAUGCCGCCCGCCCCUCCCACAAGUACUUUGAUCUGGGAAGCAUAAAGUGCUUUAUAUCUACAGAUCUCCACUCGCUGGCUUUUCUUAGUUGGAAACUGCUUUUAUGUAGUCCCUCGAUACAAGCACGAGUAUUUUUCGAUGCCAUUACCAUCCGGUUUAAUUAUUUUUGUUGCCGAUUUGUUUUCUGCCUUUCUUCUGGGCAUUCCUAUGGCUUCCGUGAAGCAUGGGAUGGGCGGAAAAUUGUUUAUAUCUGCGCAAUCAAAAUAAAAAAUAAACUUCAACUAUUUUCCGACAAACAAUUGCAUUGCUGAAGCAAAAGAGAAAUAAUGUGGGUAUGUUCUAGGCCAAAUCUAUAUAGUAUCUAUAGUAUAGACACUACAUAUGUUUGUUGUCUGGACACCGUUCAAUCUGUUCGAUUUUGAACGAUUUAUUGGGGAAAUAUUUUUAGAGCAAGAUUUAUGGAGCGUGCGAUCCUUAAGUUUUGAUAGCCGACAAUCUUUUACGGGUUUUAAAAAGUCGGAAAUAUAUUAUUCCUAAAGUUCUCAGACUAUUUAGCAAUUAUUUGCAUAUCUUUUAACAUAUUUGUACUUGAAAGUGUACAGUGAUUUAAUAUCACUUAUUAAGUGAUCGAAAGUAUGCAGUGAUUGUUAUUCCGGGCCAGACAAAAUUUGUGGGAAUGCGUAAAAUUCCCCAAAGUCGUGGGAUCCCGCGAACCCUUUGAUAUUUUGAUUAAUAGUGAAUAAUAACCAUUUAUUCUUAUAGAGUAUUCAUUGUUCCCAUCUGCCUGUGAUUUUGUUUACAUCUGCUGUCCCAUUUCCCUGGUUUAUUUGCUCUCGUUGAAAGGUCUUAACAUUGAUUGUUAUCCAGAAUUUAUUGGGUGGCUGCAGAUGGCGAAGCGACGGUGAAAUAAAACGCCCCCAAAUAUGAGGCAUCUGCAACGAGUGAAAUUCUCCGACAAACUACAAUUUCAGUUUGGAACUCACUCCGUUCGCAUGAUGUGGCUGCAGUGGCUGAUCUGGCUAAUCAUCUGGCUCCAAGUGGCAAAAGCCACCAAGUGGUACGGCGGUGGACUGGACUUUAACCAUCCCUCCGCCUGGAUAGAUGACCACGUGCCAUGUGCCCAGGACUUGGUCGUCUUUCCGGAAUAUUAUCCAGCCUUGUUGCCCUUGCCUGAGGAUUUAUCUAUUGAUGGUUUGGUGUUUCCAAAAGAGGGGGCGAUUCUCUUGGCCGAGGAAUCAACCAUUACCUUUGGUUCCAACAGGAACUCCGCCUGCGAGAGUGAGGAAAAGAAAGCCUUCUUAAAGACACCCAAAUCGAGUAAAUGGUUCGAUCCUGGCACUUGGACAGACAAGUCUAAGAAGAAGUUCUCCACAUCCACGCCAGAGCUUGAGAGGAUUCCCUGCGAUGACGAGCAGGUUAUAAUCAAGGGCAACGGCCCACUUGCCUUCGACCUCGAAAAUGUCCAGCACCUGAGACUGGGACAACUAAUAUUGGCUGGCUCUUCCAUUUCCAAAUCAUAUUUGGAGGAACUGAUCCCCCGAGAUUUGGGGCAAUUUCUCUUUCACAAUGCCGAGGACGUCCAGGUGGAGUACUAUAGAGGAGAGCUCUGUGGCUGCCACAAGGAUUUUGAGCGAUUGCUGGAGCCGGUGUGCCACAAUGUUCAGGAGCAGUGCGAGACGCCCCACUGUCUGUCACCAGUUCGACCCUUGGGAUCCUGUUGCCUCAUCUGCGGGGCCAUUCUAUCCACACCCACGAGUCACUGCACUGAGGGCAGUAAAAAGGAGUUCAUAACCAAAUUAAAUAAGCUCAUCGACCAGAAGAAUCUGAAGGAUCAGAUCCAGCUCCAUGUGGAGUUUGUGGGCUCCCAACAGUUUGGAAACUUCCUGCAGGCUGUACUCACUGAUCGGCUUAAGUAUAGCGAACGGAGCAUGGAAUUCUUGCAACCGCAGCUCGAUUACUGGAAUAGAACUGGCACUACGCUGAAGGUUUCUGGUCGACCCUACAAUCCGAACGUGAGCUUCUCCUCUAUUGUUUUGAUCCUCUUCUGCAUGGCCCUGGUGGGACUGGUUUCCGUGGUCAUUUUGGCGCACUUUAUGCCGGAGAAUCCCUACCUGAAUCGGAUACCCCAAUGGAUCCACGAUCCCCGGCGCUGGAGGUGGCACCACUUGGGUGUGAGGCUGCGCCGCAAUCUGCUGUUCAAUCGCUUUGAAAACGGGGGAGCAGGUGGUGGCUCCAGUGAAGGAGGUGCUUCUGGUGUGGAUCGUCUGGGAAUAAUGGCUUACGAUCCUGAAAGUGGAGAAGUGCGGGAGCGGGCUUUCGACAAUCCCAUGUUCGAGCAGGGAGCAGCCAUUGAAGUGGCUGCCAAGGAGUCGCAGGAACAGGAAGAUGUGUUGGGUGUCCCUCGAAUAGAGACGGGUGAUCUGGACGCAGGCAGUGUGGUGGAUGAACAGGAGCUUACGGAAAUCAACUUGGAGGUCUGCGGAGCGGAAACCGACGAGGAGACUAUCUAAUGGUAUUAUAUUUUAUAAGAAAAUGUCUUAUGAUCCUCUUCUAUUAAAUAUGCUCAACAAAGCCAUACAAAAUUUAUAAAUCAUUUUAUCUUACGUGCUUCCCAGAAUUCGGAAUUCUAAACUGCCAAUUAAAUAAUUAUUCAUUAACGGAUAUGAUAUUUGUGCCAUAUGGUGUAAUGAGUUUACCAAGAGUUUGAUCCAUUAAUAAGUUGGAGGCGGAUACCGAUGGAUUAUUUUUGGAUGUCACAUUGCCGCAAAUCAAUUACUAACGCACAAUCGAUAAGUAGCGUGUAACGAAAGCACAAAGAAACAAAAGAGCACCUGAUAAUGAUACCAGAUAAUUCAGUUAGCGGGGCUUAAAUGACGUCGCCUUUUGUAGCGAUGGCCUUGCUCCUUGACCUUCAGAGGGGGUGGUUGCGGGGGGCCGGGAAUCCAAAUCGAUAGUUGCCAUUAGCUGCGAACAUAUUUCGAGAAGCCUUUGUCUCGGCUCAUAAAUAUGGUUUAUGUGUAUCCACAUCUAUUCAUAGAACGCUCUUGAAAAGACGCGUGCCUCCCCCUAGUUUGUUAUGGGAUAAACAUAGAUAUGGGAUGGGGGCAUGGUGACCAGUUCCGAUGCGGAUUAAGCGCCCGUUUUCAGAUUUUAUUUUAGCUUCUGUCAAUUCAUUCUCGAGUGGAAAUACUUUGUACCACGGCGAUUGAGAGUGCGGCAGAUAAGCGCACCUUAUCAGUUUCAAAGCGAAAGGGAAAUACAUACAGGGAGCACUUAAAUUACAUUUUUUAAAGGAAUAGCGAUUCAAAUUAUAUAAUAAAUUUAAGGGAUUGUCUGCUAAGAACCCCUAAAUUAUAACUAUACAAGUGAUGAUUACUUGGUUUUGAAAUGAAAAUAAAUUUUUUACAAUAGAUUUUAGGAACUAAGUAUAAGCAUCUGUAAA